AAAAGUCAGGAAAACACAUCUGUCCCCGCAUGCCGCUGUUUCUGCAUUUCUGCAUGUGUUUUCAAAGCUGUUCCGGUUGAUUUUAGCAGGGGAACGGUGCGCCGGAGCGCUGGUGAAGGAGUUACCGCCACUUGGCCGCUGUUGAGGGCGGUGUAUUAGCGUGGCAGCGCUGGGACGGUUCGCUGCGAUGGAGGGCUUGCACUAACCGGAUUUGGAAUUGUGUUUUUUGUCUUGGAUUACUCCCCAUUUAACUCACCGGGUUCGUUUAUCGUUCAUUUUGUCCUGGUUUUACUGUCAGUGUGGAGUGGUGAAUACUUUCAAAAUGCCUGCAAAAACCAAGUACAACCUCGUUGAUGAUGGGCAUGAUUUAAGGAUCCCUUUGCACAACGAGGAAGCGUUCCAGCAUGGGAUCAACUUCGAGGCAAAGUACAUCGGCAGUCUGGAUGUGACGCGGCCGAGCAGCAGAGUGGAGAUAGUAGCUGCGAUGAGAAGAAUACGGUAUGAGUUUAAAGUGAAAAACAUCAAGAAGAAAAAAGUCAACAUCGUGGUGUCUGUCGACGGUGUGAGAGUGGGUCUGAGGAAAAAGAAAAAAAAGAAGGAGUGGACAUGGGAUGAGAGCAAGAUGAUGGUGAUGCAGGAUCCCAUUUACAGGAUAUUCUACGUCUCUCAUGACUCGCAGGAUCUGAAGAUAUUCAGCUACAUCGCCAGAGACGGACAGAGUAAUGUUUUCCGCUGCAACGUCUUCAAGUCCAAGAAGAAGAGUCAGGCCAUGCGUAUUGUUCGGACAGUCGGCCAGGCAUUUGAAGUUUGUCAUAAACUGAGUCUGCAUCACACACUGCCUAAUGUAGACGGACAGGAGGACUGCCACAGCGAGAAGAACGGCAACGACUCCUCCAUCACAGGCGUGCGUGCUUAUCCACCUGUAUGUGUGUGUACUUUCCUCGGCCCAGCUCGGGAGAUAACGGCCGUGGAGACGACGGAAAUUGUCGCAGAGGAGACAGAUAUCGAUGCGGAAGAGCCGGCACAGGUGCCGUCAGCGGAGGAGUUGAACCCCAAUAGAGGGGUGACCGAUUUAGACGCCACAGCCAAGACACCUGAGCUGAACCAAGCAGAGACUAAGGCUUCAGAGGAGGCCUCGCUCCUGAUUGCCAGCCCCAGGAUGCUGCUCCCUGCAUCGGGCACACUGCCUCCAGGUGGCCCCCUGUCGACCCACCACCAAAUCCAACUGCUCAACCAACAGCUCCAGCAGCAACAGCAGCAGACACAAGUCGCGGUGGCACAGGUCCACCUGUUGAAGGACCAGCUUAGUGCGGAGGCCACGGCUCGGCUGGAGGCCCAGGCUCGAGUGCACCAGCUGCUGCUGCAGAACAAAGACCUGCUGCAGCACAUCUCCCUGCUUGUUAAACAGAUCCAGGAGCUAGAGACCAAGAUGGCCGGACCAAACUCCAUGGGAUCUCAGGACAGUCUUCUGGAGAUCACUUUCCGAUCGAUGGUUCCUCCGGUGAUCUGCGACGCCACGACGCCCAAACCCGAUGUGUCGACCCUCAACCUGCCCGGGCUGGGCUCCACUGACGGGAACGCCUUCACUUCUUCCAACGGGAAUCUGGGAAGCCCCCUAGUUGAUCAAAGUAUGUUUGAGAACUCCGUUGCCCAGCAGCAGAGUCCUCAGACUUCCAGGCAGGGCCCGCCCUCGGCCCGACGCGCCCCAGCAUCAGCUAAUAACAACCUGGGGUCUAGCUCCGUCGACUCUCCUUCCUCCGGAGGACAGCAGAGGCUUAAGAAUGCCAUAAACCUGGGCAAGGCUGUCGGGGCAAAGGUCAAUGACUUGUUAAGAAGAAAGGAGUCCAGCCACCUGGGGGACAUUGGGGUCACAGAGGUCAACAAGAACGUUGAUGCGGUGUGGAGCUGUAUGGAGCAGCUCAAUCAGACCACUGCUAAUAGUCACAUCUCUUCCUUUGACUCCUUCCCCCGGCUGGACCCACCACCGCCAACAGGGAGGAAGCGCCUCCCUCGGGCGCUGAAAACCACCCAGGACAUGAUGAUCUCCUCUGACCCCGUGGUCUCCUCACCAGACCCCGCUGACUCUUCCUCCUUCCUCUCUUCUCCCGAGAAGUCGCCUCUCAUCGGCCCAGAGGAGCCGAGGAACAGUGAGGAGCAGGAGCGGGACGAAAAGGAGGAUGACAGGUCAGAGGAGAUCCUGCCGGGCCCGGCAGAGAAGAAUGCUGAUCGCUGGGAGAAGACGGGAAGCAACGGCGAAGUCGAUGGAGUCAUAGGUGGUGGAGAAAAUGAGGUGGAAAAUGGGAGCAGUGAAGGAGGCGAGGAGGAACAUCAGCCCCAGCUGCAGCUCUCUGUGCCGGACCUCAUCAACAAAGACCCCCCGAUGUUGGAGCCAAGAGCCAAGCCUUGCGAUGUCUGGCAGAAGGCGUCGGGCCCCGAGUCCCGUCUGGCCUCCACCCCCUCAGGGAAAACCUCCUGCCGCAUCAGCCUGGGUGAGGACAUCCUGCUGGGGAACGGCGCCCCCUGCAGUAAAGGCGCUGAAGACUCGGAGCCCCACCCUGACCUGCUGUCGUUUGAGUAACAAGCCAGAUUCCAGAUCAGUAUGUCUCAAGAGUUUUUGCUCUUCAUUUCAACUUAAGAGGUAAUUCAAACUGACUGAUUGAGUACUGCGGAUCAAACAUUCACUGCCACUUGGAAAUACUUCCUUCUCCAGGGUUUGCUUUAGGGAAAGGGAAUGGACACGGGCCGGAACUUUAGGAACUUUUUACCGAGACACUCCAGACACUGCAAGCUCAUUCCUGAUGAUAAGAAGCCGACCAGCAGCGGGUGAUGAAUGAAUAGUAAGAGAGAAAAUGUUGUGGGGGUGAGGUUCGUUAUGGUGCAGAGGAAAUACCUAAUUUAACAUUUCAAACUAUAAAAUAUAUUAAGGGUUCAUUUUAUCAAAAUAUAUUUAGUGUUUUAACGCUUCCAAAGUUGUAUAUCAUGUAACCUCUGCUUUAUUAAUUUAGAAAUAUCAGAUAAUUAAAAGUAAGGAAAUAUCCCUUUAAUGGGCGGAAUAAGUAAAACAACUUAAUUCUGACAAACAUUAUGACUUUUAAAGAAUGUAUUAAGUUAUUAUAGUACCAUGCCAUUCAUUUUAAAAGGGAUAUUUGCCUCAUAAUGGUCACACUGUAAGUCCAUAUUCUACAUAAGCUUCUCCUAUAAAAAACAAUUACAAACAUUCAAUAUAAAUAUAAGUUAAAGCAGAUUUACGUCAGUGUAAUUUCUAGCAUGAAGGCAAAAAGAGGGAAAACAGAUGGAGAGGCUCAUGGAGUGUGUAUGUGUUUAAGAUGGAAAGGUUGGGGGGGGUGGCUUCACUUUCAGUUCAUUCUGAACCAAAUGUCUUGCAGCAGUUUCUCAGAGUUUGUCAGGACUGGGAGACUUUUGACCCGUACUGUAGCUUUAUUCAUGUUAAAUAAUAUAUCCCCCUAUUUGUCCAGAAGGGGUUAUACAGAUUUACCUCCUACGCUGGACUCUGGCUGUGAUCCUGAAAAUGACCUUUUUUUUUAAAGCUCCCAGCAAGUAAGAAUCUCGACCAGCAAACAAAAGAAAAUGAGUGCCAAUACCACGCAAUAUAAGACCCUAUAAGAUGUAGUAGUUUUUUGGAAAUGCAUUGCUUUUUGCUGGAUUUGGAUUAAACAGUGCUCCCUGGCAACAGCAUGAGAUGAAUGAAGGAAACCAAUACUAAUUCACAAAGAAAAUGUUGGUAUUGUGUGCUGCUGGAAUAUUACAAUAAAAAAUGAGGCAGCUUUUUUUGCCCUGGACCCCGUAUUUAAUGAGCGUAUUGGUUCGGUCAAAAUUGAGCAAUUUGUGGGGCCAGAUUGAAAGUAUUCAAAUGAGCGCAUCUCUGUUCCAAAAUGAAAAUUACUUUCAGGCUUCAUUUCUGCUGACUUUUCUUUAAUUUUAUGAACUGAAAGUAGACUCUUAUUACACCCCCAAAACCUGACAGAGUCUGGAUGAAAGGAUAGCCGGGCAGCUGAAAAGCUGUUUUCGAGCAAAAGAACCAGAGAAGAUAAUGAGCUGUCGACAGAGAGAUGAAAGAGGUGUCUUUAAUCACUAAGUGACAGACCAAAGACAGAAAUUAGUGGCUCGGUCAGACAACUUGUUUUUGUCAUAUUGUUUUGAGUGGAAAGGAAGCAAUAUUUCAUGAGGAAUAUAUUAUUUUUCUCCUUAAUUUUCACUUAAUAGAAAAGUUAAAACCAAAGUCAGAGGAUUUCAAAUAUUGAAUAGCAAUUCACAGGCAUGUUUGUGAUAUUUUGGACUUUUCCGACUCACCAGUCAGGUGUUCAGCAGCUUAAAGGUGAGCUGAUAUUAACACUAAAUAACCUGCUGCUGCAUGUUCUGCCUCUACUUAAUCAUUGUGCGUCUGUUAGAGGACCUGUAAUGUUUUUUUUAUUGAAAUGAUGUAUUUUUUUAACACCAUUAUCAGAGCAUUAGUGCGUUUUUAUUAGGAUUCACUUUAUGGAAGGCACGUGCCGAGCAAGGACACAAAUCCCUAAUCUCGAACUCUAAAAAGAAUCAUUUUUUUCUGUGAGAUCCUCAAGUGGCCUCUGUGAGUGACCGCUGUGUCCUCGUAAGGAUUUCCUGACUUCAAAAUAAAAGGGCGAAAGUUCCCAGAAGACACUGAGAGGGACACAGAGCCAGCUGUAGUUGCGGUCAGGUCAUGGUGAGCAGUAUGAGAGGAAUGUGGCUGGACUCUGUAAGAGAAAGGAAGCUUUGUCUCUCUGACUCCCUCUUACAUACCACAAGUAUCCCCUUUAAUUUAAAGCUGUAACAAAACAGCUGGCGCCCCCUACGCAUCAAACCGACUUCUUAAGACCUUUUUUAGACAAUUAUAAAUUUUACCUUAAGUCUUUAGUAAACUAAAGCUGUCUGUGGAUUGUACAGAGGGGUCUUUUGUGAAAUCACUCUGCUGAGUUUUUCAAAUGUCAUGUUUUAGUGCUUUUAGGAGCCCAAACUCAAUAUAGGUAUCUCCACCAUAUCAGGGCGGCAGAUGUUUCAAGAUGAAAUCAUUUGCAUUUCUGGAUAAGUGGGAAAAUGAUUCAAAGUAAUUGGCCCUUUAAUAUCUGUGGGACAUGAGUGGAAACUUUUUAUAAACCAAAAUAUAGACCGAGUCACCUUUUUAAAAAUAUUUUUUUUGUAUUUUACUUUUAGGCUUCAGUUGUGUUGUACUUAUCUCAAAGCCCCUGAAAACCUACUUCAAUUUGUUCUUGCAUUCUAAUACCAUUAGGUGUUUAUGACUAAAUCUGCAACAAUCAAGUUUGAAAAAACAUCCUGAAGUGUUAUUAAUAAAGAUUUGAACAGUCAAAAGCUCCGAUUUGAUCACAUUGAAUUGACAAUGUUGUUGAUUUGACUCAAAUGAUGUUGAUAGAAAGUACAUGUUGCCUUUUUUCUCAACUAAGCCCAUUUUACACCAGUGUGAACCACAAAUAUCCCAUUGAUCAACCAAAAAUUGUCCAACUUUGUCAGAAAUGUUCAGUUCAUGUUGUGUUUUCAUGGACUUGAAACUAAAAAGAGGAUGUGUCCGUGUGUCACCUGAAUCCGACUUGUAUUUGAAGCGACAAUAAGGUUGUUUUCAGGAUUCAGGUGAUGAGGAAGUGUGUCAGAGAUAAUGAGUAAACAGUCAUUAAACUGACAUUUAGUCAGAGGGUGAGCGCAAUAAAAUGAAAGGUUGCUCAGACGGCGCCAGAGGAAAGAAAAUAAUCUGAAUGCAUUUCUAAGACAAUGAGAGCAGCCGCUACACCACUAAAGUAGAUUUCUAUUGUAUUUUCUGAUGAAGGAACAGUGCUGUAUAUUUUAUGGAAAUGUUGUUUUUUUUACAAAUCUGUGAAUAUGCAAAUUGGGUUUUGCUCAAAACAAAUGAAGGAAAGUGAUUUAUUUUGAUAUUCAGUCAUAGAAUCUAGUUAUGGCCAUUUGUGUUAUGUAGAUGCCUUGGAUUAAUUUGAUGAAAGAAAAAAAAUGAUUGUAUUGUUUAUGUUGUUUAAUCUUUUGUUUUUGUGUAAUAGUUCCAACAAUUAUGAUGAAUGAAGGAAGGUAAACACUGCACAUGAAAGCUUUUCUUAGCCACAAAUGGCCCGCUUAAGCAAACCUGGGACAUUUAGCGAUUUAUAUCCUAAAAACUGCUGCAAAUGAAAUCUUUAAUUAUUUUAUGUGAUGAAAAUAUGCUACACAAAUCAAAGUGAAUCAAUGAUUUUUUUUUGUUUCCUUAUGUAUCUUUUUUUCAAGUGGGGAUGUAAUAACUCUUGUUAUGACUGUAAUCUUUUUAAACGAAAAAUAGAUCUAAUCAUCGCUUUUUUUGUCUUUUUAAAGAUCUAUGUGACUUUUUUUCACUCUGUGUAGAAAAAGGGCUUCAUUCAUUCCUUACUAUCAUUCCCUCAUCUCAUCUGUGACAGUGGUCACCACACUUACUGUCUUAUAUCCUUGUUGGUUUCCUUUGAAUCUGUGUGUUCGGUAUAGUCAGGCCCUUGUGUGGUGUCCUGUCUCUGUUUGAUCGUCUGUUUUGCAUAGAACCAAACACUGAGAGAUGGCGAUGGCGGGAAUUAAAAAUUAGAAGCUGCUCUGAUGUUUAA